AUACAUCUUCUCAAGCUAGAAGCAAAUGGCGAAUUUAGCCUUACAAAUAAUAUUACCUAUCCUAUAAUACCUUAUAUAGUACUUUUAUAUAUCUGGAGAGAAGAUAAUAAAGAGGUUACUUUUAAGAACCUAAAAUAUGGCUCUGGAAAGACGAAAAACGGAUAUAAAAAGCUUCAGUUCUAUAGAUAA